UAAAUAAAAUAUAAUAAAAUAAAAACUGAAUGAAGGCACAUGGGGGCAGCAUCCAAACCACCAUAAUAUUUUUUGGGCUUAUAAAUAGCAGAAACGGUUUCACUCCUUCCAUAUCUAAAAUCUUCACGUGCUUUCCUGCUUUUUUAGCUAAAAUUUCUGCCUUCUGAGUUAUCUGCUUGUUUUGUUUGUUCCUCUCUUAUCCAAUUCUCUUUUUUUUUUUUUUUUUUUUUUUUUUUUUUUUUUUGGGUGUCUUUGGCCGUUAAGUGACAUCUAUAAACUAAGUAGUUUUGUUGGUUGGUUGACAAAGAAAGGAGAGCUAGUGAUAGUAAUUUACAGGGAAAUGGAGAACAAGAAGCACGUUGGUGGUUCAUCAAAUUCAUCUAUGACUUUGGAUUAUAUUUUUGGUCCCAAAGAUUCUGCGGCCACAGUUUCUUCCUCAUCUAGUACUGGAUUAUUUGGAUCUAUUUUCCCACCACCAUCCACAGUGCUCGGGAGAGAGAGAAAACAGGAUUUUGGGACUCAAGUUGUAAACAGCAAAUAUGAAAGACCAGAUACAACAAGUCAAAGGAGCAAAAGUGAAAGUAGUAGCAUAAAAGGCAAAGAUUCCACAUAUCAAAAUGAAUCAGCAGAACCUUGCUAUUUCAGCUCAUCAAUCUAUUAUGGUGGCCAAGAAAAUUAUUCUCCGAGGACUAGGGCCACUGAAUCUCAGAAUGUUUUCAAGAAAGAUGGAAGUGAUGAUGACCCAAAUGGAAAUAAUUCAAACAGUGCUUCAAGAGGAAAUUGGUGGCAGGGUUCACUCUAUUACUAAGACAAUAGUUUGUAACUUGUGAACUCACUACCUUCAAAAAGGGUUUGUGCCUACAAUCUAGCUUGACCAAGGAAAUUAGAAUAGAAUAAUAGAGCAGAAAUGAUCUAGGCUUGCUUGAAACGUAUUGCUUCUUUUUAUCCCAAUAGGCAACUUUUCUUACGUAUAGAAAGCUAAUACGGUGUGAUUUGUGGAAGAGAUGUAAUCCCUUUACGCGGUCUUGUAAAAGAUUAAGUUCCUAUUGUUUGACUAAAUAUCUUUAUUAAAUUUUCAGUUGAAUGACUUAA